AAAAAAAAAGAAAAAAAAAAAAAAGAAACUCAUUGCCAUGACUAUUCACAAUCGACCUACGCCUUUAACGGUCAACCGUUCAGUAUCGAAUAUCAGCAGCCGCGAUCAUGUAGCUUGUCGUAAAGAAGUAUCUUUACAAAAAACAGAAGUGGCUUCCGAAAAUAGAACGUUUUACUUUACACCCCACGUAUCUCAAGAGGAUUCCUCUAGUACUUCACAUAGUAUCACCCCUACUACCAAUUUGGGUCAGAAGAGACCUUAUUCUCAAUCAGCCACUGACUUGACGUCAAGUCACAAACGUUCGUUUGCAGAGUUGAUACCACAGAUGGGCGCUGAACCUGACUGGGAAUCAAAUCCAGGUUGCUUUGCUUAUUUGCAAGGUGCAUAUCAACAUGGUCAAAGUAAAUACUUGUCCAAAAAUAAGGACUCUGACGAGAGCCGAGCUGGUUAUGUUAUUGGCCGUCAUGAAGAGAAGUGCGAUGUCGUCGUCGAAGAUAUAAGCGUCAGCAGAGAGCAUUGCUUGAUUUACAUGGAAACGGGAUCCAACGGCGUCAACAAAGGUAUUCGUAUUUACCUAGAAUGCUUAAGUAAUUCGGGCGUCUGGAUCGACAAGCAGUUUGUGAAAGUGGGAGAACGUAUCAUGCUUAAAGGUGGAAACAAGAUCAGCCUUUACAAACGAAAUCAAGAACCCGUUACUUUCUUCACCGUACGAUUCCCACCUGCGUUUGAAGCCAAUGCUUGUGAGCAUGAAUACCAAUUUACUAAAGAAUUAGGCAAAGGUAAUUUUGCUGUAGUAUAUCAUGCGUAUUCAAGAAGUACGAAUCAGUCUGUGGCCAUCAAGGUCAUUUCCAAAGCAUACUUCGAUUCCAAGCCCAACUUAUUAAAACCCAUUGUCCAAGAAAUGAGUAUUAUGAUGCAAAUGGCCAAACAUCCUUUCUUAGUUGAGAUGAAGGAAGUAUUUAAUGAAAAGCGUCGAAUUUUCUUGGUUAUAGAAUAUAUUCCUGAUGGAGAAUUAUUCAACUGUAUUAAAGACAUGAAUAUGCUGACGGAAAACGAAGCACGAUUUGUUUUUUGGCAAUUACUUAACGCUAUCAGAUAUUUACAUCGUUUGGAUGUUGCACAUCGUGAUAUAAAACCCGAAAAUGUCUUAAUUUACAAUAAGGACAACUUGCAUAUCAAAGUCUCUGACUUUGGACUAGCCAAGAAGCAAAACCAAGAAUUAUUUGGCACACAAUGUGGUACCGUCAACUAUGUCGCGCCCGAAGUACUGGACCCAAGAGGAGUGAGGGCAUAUACCCUAAAAUGUGACAUGUGGAGUAUUGGCGUUAUGUUGUAUGUAUGUUUGUGUGGAUUCGCCCCUUUUUCAGAUGAAUACGCACCACCCUCGAUGGAAGCUCAAAUCAAGAUGGGAAAGUUUGAAUUCCCUUCUCCUUAUUGGGAUAAGAUUUCUGAUGAAGCCAAGGAAUUAGUGUCAGCCCUGCUUACAGUCGAUCCGAAUGAAAGAGCUUCUGCAGAUGAUGCUUUGGGUAUGCCUUGGAUGCAUAUGGAGGCUCAAGAUCUGGAAGAACGUAAAAUGGGAUUAGGAGAAGAAAUACUUGACAAGAUUGAUCGACUGAACAAUCACGCUGAACUGGAUCCAACCCAAAAACAAACUCAAAUGGUAUCACUUGAUUAAAGUCACACAACCCCUCCCCUUAUUUAGGCCAUUGUUUUUAAAAAAAAUAAGGAAACAGGAAUACAC